AUGGCACGUCAGAUGAAGCCAUUCAGGAACCUUCUAAAGCCAUCCACAAAAUUUGAAUGGACAGAUGAGUUGGACAUCCUGUUCCACCAAUCCAAAGAAGUCAUUAUAGAAGAAAUGAAAGAAGGAAUGCGUUUGUUUGAUCCAAACCGCCCAACAUGUCUGUCCACUGAUUGGUCUGUUAAUGGAGUUGGAUUCUUCCUGAUGCAAAAGUAUUGCCAAUGCACCUCCAAAACUCCAGCGUGUUGUCACAAUGGCUGGAAGUUAUGCUUGGUAGGAAGCAGGUUUACCCACCAAGCAGAAAGCAGAUAUGCACCCAAAGAGGGAGAAGCCUUGGCCGUGGCCUAUGCAUUGCAGCAGACUCGCUACUAUGUAUUGGGCUGUAAAGAUUUGAUUGUUGCCACAGACUACAAACCACUCGUUCAGGUGCUAAAUGAUAGUUCACUCACUGAAAUUCACAACCAUCGACUACUCAAUCUCAAGAAAAAGACACUAGCAUACAGAUUCACCAUAGUGCAUGUCCCAGAAAAGAAGAAUCCCAGCCCGGAUGCAGCAUCCAGACACCCUGCUGAUAGAUAUACCAUAUCCUACAUGACUGUACCUCCACAGGUCACAUUGGCUAGUCUAUACCAAGACACAGCAGACACUGACUUUGCUGAUGAUGUUUCCACCAUUGCUGCUGUGUCUGCCUCACUGGAUGCUGCUAACAUUAUCGUCACCUGGGAUAUGGUCCGAGACACCACUUCUUCAGAUGCAACAUUACUUAAACUAAUGCAGUACCUUGAAAAAGGAUUCCCAGAAGAUUGCAGAGAACUCCCCAUAGAGAUACGUCCACACCACCGUCACGCAGCAAGCCUGUGUGUUGUUGAUGGAGUGAUACUCAUGGGUCAACGAAUUGUUAUCCCAGGGGCCUUGCGCACACCAAUCCUCAAUGCCCUUCAUGCAGCUCACCAGGGUAUAAGUGCUAUGCAGUCCCGAGCAGCAGAUUCUGUUUUUUGGCCCAAGUUAACAUUGCGAGAGUUAGGGACCAAUGUGCACAUUGUCAUCGCAUGGCUAAAUCAAACCCAAUGCAACCACCAUCUGAUAUUAAACAGCCAUACUACCCUUUCCAGAUGA